GACUAAGUAUUUGACAAAACAGACAUCAGACAUUGUUAACUUUGUUGUGUUUCAGGAAUUAGCCUAAUUACCAUAGGUUAACCUAUUUUUUUAUUUUCAGGUCCUAAAGGACUAGUUUUUCUCGAGCUGAAAAACAGUGAGGAGCAAACAAACCUGUGAUGAGCCCCCUAAAUUCAACGGUCUUUAUAAACAGCACAAUUGUGCGUCCUGAGUUCUUUAUCAUAAGUGGUUUUUCUGGUCUUCCCCACUCAAAAUACUACUAUGUGUUCUUGUGCUUUGUUUAUGCUCUGUCUGUACUGGGAAACGCUUUUAUCAUGUUCAUGAUUUACACUGACCACUGUCUUCACAGUCCAAAAUACAUUGCAGUGUUUAAUUUGGCUGUGGCUGACUUGUGUGUAAGCACAGCCCUCGUUCCUCCAUUGAUUGACACCUUCCUGUUCAAAUCACAGUUAAUCUCUUACGAGGCCUGCUUGAGUAAUAUGUUUUUUGUUUUUUUGUUUCUCAUUAUGCAGUCUUUCACUCUCACUGUUCUGUCUUAUGAUAGAUUAGUUGCUAUAUGUUUUCCACUGAGAUACAAUGAGAUUGUGACUAAUAAAUCGAUGUUGGUGAUCACAGCUAUAACAUGGAUUAUUGCAGGAUUGGCCAUUCUGAUAGCUGUGAUUUUUAUCAGCACACUGUCAUUCUGCAAAUCCGUUGUGAUAAACAGUUAUUUCUGUGAUCACGGACCCACAUUUCGUUUGGCAUGCAAUGACAACACUCCAAAUUAUGUCAUUAGUUGGUCACAUCCUGCUCUGAUUUUUUGGCUUCCAUUACUCUUUAUCAUAUGCACCUACAUCUCUAUAGCUAGAGCGUUAUUGAAAAUUGCAACAGCCUCAGAGCGACUUAAAGCCUUGAAAACCUGCACCUCUCAUUUGAUCUUGGUGGGUAUUUAUUAUUUUCCAAUAUGUCUCACCUAUGGAGCAAUCGGCUCCACCAUGCACCAGAACGCCAGGAUCAUUAAUACAUCCCUGGGGACGAUCUUGCCGUCAAUGCUGAAUCCAAUCGUCUACUCACUGAAGACAGAAGAAUUCACAGAAUCCAUUAAAAAGCAGUACAGAAGAAAGAAGAUACACAUCACUGUUAGGAAUAAAUGAAUAAAUGUUUUAUC